AUGGCGGACGUGACGUUCAAGAGCAUCGGCGACGUGCUGAAGCUGCUGCCGACGGCGACGGUGAUCGUGUACGAGGUGCUGAACCCGAUCGUGACCAACACGGGCGACUGCGGCGCCGUCGGGUACAAGAUCGCCACGGGGGUGCUCCUGGCCGUCUCCGCCUUCUUCUGCGGCUUCUCCACCUUCACGGACAGCUACGUGGGCGCCGACGACGGCAAGGUCAAGUACGGCCUCGUCACGCCCCGGGGUCUCCUCCCCUUCACCGACGGCGGCGCCGCAACCAGCGGGAGGGACUUCUCCAAGUACCGGCUGCGGUUCGGGGACUUCGUGCACGCGGCGUUCGCCGUCGCCGUGUUCGCGGCGGUGUCGCUGCUGGCCGACGCCAACACGGUGGCGUGCUUCUACCCGUCGCUCAGGGACAAGCAGAAGGAGGUGGUCGUGGCGCUCCCCGUCGUCGUCGGCGCCGUCGCCAGCGUCGUCUUCGUCGUGUUCCCCUCCACGCGCCACGGGAUCGGGUACCCGCCGUCCAAGCCCGGGACGAGCGCGCUAGCGCCGCAGUACGUAGGGCGCCGAUGA